AUGGAUCUACAACAGAUUAAUAUUAAGGUUUUCGCAACCGAAGAUAGCAAAGUCAACUACACCAACUUCAUCAAGGUUUUCAACCGUUGGAUGGAGGAAGCCGAUUCUGACGACUACUUGAACUACGCCGACUAUUCGCACGUUGAGGCGGGACCGAGUGUGCUAUUGAUUUUGAAGCAAGCUAACUAUAGUAUUGAUGACGCUUAUCAUCAGUCCGGAUUCCUCUACAAUCGGAAGCAUGCAGUCGAAGGCGAUAAUGCUGAUAAGAUUCGCCAAGCACUUACAGAGGUGCUCUCUAAGUGCGAACAACUCGAAGCGUCGGCGGAGUUAGAAAAUGCAGUGCAUUUCAACGGUGCAGACCUCCUAUUUAUGAUAAACAACCGUCAUAUCGCACCGAAUACACCCGAAACCGCUGCAUCCAUUCAGGCAGACUUAACACCUGUCUUACAACAGAUGUACGGUGAUGACAAUUUCACCGUGGAACGCACCUCCGAGGACGCACGCGAACGGUUCACCUUGCGAAUUUCAGCGAAUUCGGAUAAACCGAUUUCGGAACUCCUCUCCAAUUUGGGAGGCUAA